CAGAGGAGAGGCGCUGAGAGCGGGGCUGGAAGAGGAAGAUGCCCAGUGCGGACGUUUUCAUGUUGAAGGCCUUUGAGCCCUACUUCGAGAUUUUGGAAGUAUAUUCCACAAAGGCCAAGAAUUACGUAAAUGGUCAUUGCACCAAAUAUGAGCCCUGGCAACUAAUUGCAUGGAGUGUCGUGUGGACCCUGCUGAUAGUCUGGGUAUAUGAGUUUGUCUUCCAACCGGAGAGUUUAUGGUCAAGGUUUAAAAAGAAAUGCUUUAAGCUCAUCAGGAAGAUGCCUAUUAUUGGUCGCAAGAUCCAAGAUGAGUUGAACAAGGUCAAGGAUGAUAUUAGCAAGAACCUGUCAUUUCUGCAAGUGGACAAGGAGUAUGUGAAGGUUCUGCCCCCUCAAGGUCUGAGCUCGUCUGCAGUUCUGGAGAAGCUCAAGGAGUACAGCUCUAUGGAUGUCUUGUGGCAAGAAGGGCGAGCCUCCGGAGCGGUGUACAGUGGGGAGGAGAAGCUCACUGAGCUCCUCGUGAAGGCUUAUGGAGAUUUUGCAUGGAGUAAUCCCCUGCAUCCAGAUAUCUUCCCAGGACUACGGAAGAUAGAAGCAGAGAUUGUGAGGAUAGCUUGUUCCCUUUUCAAUGGGGGACCGGAUUCCUGUGGAUGUGUGACCUCUGGGGGUACAGAAAGCAUACUGAUGGCCUGCAAAGCUUAUCGGGACCUGGCCUUAGAGAACGGGAUCAGAACUCCAGAAAUUGUGGCCCCCCAGAGUGCCCAUGCUGCAUUUGACAAGGCAGCCCAUUAUUUUGGGAUGAAGAUUGUACGGGUUCCACUAAACAAAAUGAUGGAGGUGGAUGUUCGGGCAAUGAGAAGAGCCAUCUCCAGGAACACUGCCAUGCUUGUCUGUUCUACCCCACAGUUCCCUCACGGUGUGAUAGACCCUGUUCCUGAAGUGGCCAAGCUGGCUGUCAAAUACAAAAUACCUCUUCAUGUAGAUGCUUGUCUGGGGGGCUUUCUCAUCGUCUUUAUGGAGAAAGCAGGAUACCCACUGGAGCAACCAUUUGAUUUCCGGGUGAAAGGUGUGACCAGCAUUUCAGCGGAUACCCAUAAGUAUGGCUACGCCCCCAAAGGCUCUUCCGUGGUGUUAUACAGUGACAAGAAGUACAGAAGCUAUCAGUUCUUCGUUGAUCCAGACUGGCAGGGUGGCAUCUACGCUUCCCCAACCAUCGCGGGCUCACGGCCUGGUGGCAUUAGUGCAGCCUGCUGGGCUGCCUUGAUGUACUUUGGUGAGAGCGGCUAUGUUGAAGCUACCAAACAGAUCAUCAAAACUUCUCGCUUCCUCAAGUCAGAACUGGAAAACAUCAAAGGCAUCUUUGUUUUUGGGGAUCCUCAGUUGUCAGUCAUUGCUCUGGGCUCCCAUGAUUUUGACAUCUACCGACUGUCUAAUCUGAUGACUGCUAAGGGGUGGAACUUGAACCAUCUGCAGUUCCCGUCCAGUAUUCAUUUCUGCGUCACGUUAGUACACACCCGGAAGCGAGUAGCCAUCCAGUUUCUAAAGGACAUCCGAGAAUCUGUCACUCAAAUCAUGAAGAAUCCUAAAGCAAAGACCACAGGAAUGGGUGCGGUCUAUGGCAUGGCCCAGACCGCUGUCGACAGGAACCAGGUAACGGAAUUGUCCUCGAUCUUCCUGGACAGCCUUUUCAGCACAGACACUGUACCUCAGGGCAGCCAGAUGAAUGGCUCUCCAAAGCCCCGCUGAGCCCGAGGGCUUCUGGCCUUCAGAAGGUUCUCGGGGUGUGGAACAGGCCACACGGAGUUUCAACAUCUGGUCUUGCUCCAUAGAGCACAACGAGACAGACCACGAGACAGCUUGAUCCUCAGGAUUCGAGUUCCUCCUUUCAUCAUCCUUUUGUGGUUUUUCAUAUGAAGACCCCGAAGGAUUCCAUUACGUAAUUAUUUUGCCCUUGUUCUAAAUAUUACACUAGGAAUUGUUUUAACCAUUUCCUUCUCUAAUCUUUCUAGCUUUUAUCUUCACUUAAUCAUGGUGUGGCAGCUCUGACCUGUCCUGAUUCCUUAGGGAAGCUGGGGUGCAGUUUGAGAUAGAAGUAGGUUUCCUUUGUCGUCUCAGGCAGAUUGGUUUAGUCAAAUAGGAAGCAUUCAUGUAACAGAAGUUUUCCCGGGUGGGUGUUUGGUAACUCUAAGCAGGAGGCUCUUUCAGCCCUGCCCUUUGAGUGGGUUAGUUGUCUCUUCUAGAGUUACUUUUACUGCAACUUGUUUUAUUUUCCCAAGACAUGGUUGACCAGGCCAUUGUUAAUAUGCAGGAUUGGAGUGGUCAGUCUACCAAGGCGGCGUGUAGGGUGGUACAUGGGCCUCUUCUAGUGUGUGGUCCCCUUUGAUAUUUGGUUUCCACCAUCUUUGCAGAUUCGUAUUUGCAAUUGUGCCCCCACUGGUUUGUUCUUGAACUAGGAAGGGACUAAUUCCCAGAGAAUCUAGGACUUUCUGGCCUAUUGCUGCCUGAGUAUCAGGGUAGGAUGAGCACCCAAAUUCAAAUAUGUCACUGAAGUUCAUUGUAGUCCUCCCCUCCCCCACUGCUUUAAGCCAUCAUGUAUGAGAAUAUGUUUGCUCAUAGCACCUUCACAAGUUGCCUUGAUUAACCCUAGUUGGUACAAGGAGGGCAUGAGCAAGUCCCCAAGGCAGGAAAAAUUUUUUGCUCCAGUAGUGUGUUCUUCCAGCCUCCUUCCUCUCUAUUCAGCUCCCAAAGGUACUAUGGCAGUUCAGCCUCAGGUACUGGACACUUCUCAGCCCUGGCUAGGAUGAGACAUUUGGGAAACAGGACAGUGUCGGUUGUAGCCUAGGGCCUGGGGUUUCUUCUUAAGACUAGUUGCUCAGGAUGGUGCAGGGCCAGGGCCAAACUCUGUGCCCACUUUCUACCUUUUCUGCCCUGCAUGGGGCCUGCCUGGAUCUCGCCUGAGCCACUGUCCUACCCUAAUGACACAUACUGUGUGUGCCUUUUCCUCAGCGGGGGGCAGUGGUGGCUAUUCCUGACCCAGGCCCGGGGGUGGGGAUCAGUCUUUGAGGUUUUGUUUGGGUUGGGAGAAACUCCUCUGUCCGUUCCCCUUCUCAGGGACUCCUGAAGACUCAGCCACUUCAGGCUGGUAUCCUCUCGCCCCUCUCACUGGGUAUGCUGCCAGGGAGCCAACAUGACCAUUCCCCCAAGCUCCUCACCACUUUUGUCUGAAAUGUUCUUCUGCACUGUACUUUCUACACAAAACUGUGACUGGCCAUGUCGCUGCAGGGUGUGUGUGUGUGUGUGUGUGUGUGUGUGUGUGUGUGUGUGUGUGUGUGUUUCAUCCUGUCCAUUGUGGGUUCCAAGAGUGGUUGCUGUGUGUGUGACAGGGAGAGGCUGAGGUCCUUCAGACAUGGAAGUUAUGUUCCCUCCAGUUGCUGAACUGGUGGGCAUCUCCUGAGAGGAGGAGUGGUCGGAGCUGUGGGUGAAUUGUCUUUUGUGUCUCCAGUGCAUUCAUUAUGUUGGAGGAAGUCCAGGGACCCAGCCCUACCCAGCAGGCACCACUGUGGUUUGUCGGCUGCUAAAAUGGAGAAGCAUGCACCCUACAGAGUGUUUUCUGCUUCCACUGUCCCCCCAGGACCGUCCCCUGUGCUGUGAUAACAUUGCUGCAGGGGUUGGGCUGGGGUGAGGGUUGUGGGACUGUUUUUCAAAGGGACCUACUGUAGCCACUUUAUGUUUACGAGCCUUAGUUUGAGUUAACAUUUGUGGGCUUUCCAUUCUGUGUGUAUCUGCUUGUAGUAGCACCCCGUCUGGCAGAGGUGGGCAGAAUGUCUUAACGAUAUCAUGUUGUUAGCAGAUGUCCACUGGCUUCUGCAAAAACUGUACUGUCUUGUUUCUGUAUUAGAAGUCAAUAGUCAUGUGACUAUACUGCCGUGUCACUUAAUUACCAGUUUUAUACUUUGAAAAUGGUACUUGCUCCUUUAAAUCUUUUCUGUCUUUAACCUCCUCCUUCCCGCAAUGUUCUCUUCCUAAUUGCAGCAAUAAUAUCUUAAAAAGCAAUUAAAUAAACGUUCCAAAUCUUA